GAAGCAGUACCUCCUGUUUCGUAUCGUUUACUUUAUCGGCACACAUGCGUACAGUUUCCGUUAAACACACGUAAAAUGGUGAAAUGUUAUCCAGUAGCUUGACACAGUAAGGCACAAAAUGGUGGAAAGAUGCUAUCCGUAAAAGCAAGCAGGUAUCUUCAAGUUGUGUCCUUUUCACUGCCACUACCCCCCAGACGUCGACCUUCCCCGUUUUUCCGGGCGAUUCGUCGCGGUAUGGCAGCAACGAGCAGAGCAGAGGUGACCCGGUUCGACUUCCUGGUGAUCGGCGGCGGCUCCGGAGGUCUCGCCGGGGCGCGGAGGGCGGCGGAGCUGGGCGCCACCGCUGCCGUGAUCGAGAGUCACAAACUCGGAGGUACCUGCGUGAAUGUCGGCUGCGUCCCAAAGAAGGUGAUGUGGAAUGCAGCGGUCCACGCCGAGUACCUGCACGACCACGCCGAUUACGGCUUUGACGUCGGAAGCGUUCAAUUCAGUUGGGAAGCUCUGAAAACAAAACGGGACGCUUACAUCAGUCGCUUGAACCACAUUUAUCGCAGCAAUCUGGACAAGGCAAAAAUCCAAACCAUCGAAGGUCACGCCAGGUUCACUAGCGAUCCCCAGCCGACGGUGGAGGUCAGCGGCAGGAAGUACACGGCGCCGCACAUCCUCAUCGCCACCGGGGGGCAGCCUUCUGUGAUGAGCGAUGCUGAGGUUCCAGGAGCGAGUCUGGGCAUAACCAGUGAUGGCUUCUUUGAACUUGGGAGCCUUCCGAAACGUAGCGUUGUCGUGGGUGCUGGGUACAUUGCCGUGGAGAUGGCGGGCAUCCUCGCCACACUUGGCUCCAAAACCUCCCUCAUCAUACGACAAAGUGAAGUUCUGAGGAGCUUCGACAGCUUCAUCAGCACCAACUGCACCAAGGAGCUGCAGAACUCGGCCGUGGACUUGUGGAAAAACUCUCAGGUGAAGUCGGUGCGGAAAACCGACGCAGGGCUGGAGGUGACGCUCGCCACCAAAGACCCGGAGAGUAACGGCGAGGAGACGAUCAGUACAAUUCAGGAGGUGGACUGUCUCCUGUGGGCCAUCGGCAGGAAGCCCAACACUUCUGGGCUGAACAUCGGCGAGAUGGGCGUGGACACGGAUGACAGAGGCCACAUUGUAGUGGACGAGUACCAGAACACCAGUCGAGCAGGAAUCUACGCCGUGGGAGAUGUUUGUGGCCGAGCUCUACUCACUCCUGUUGCCAUCGCCGCAGGCAGGAAGCUUGCCCACAGACUUUUUGAGGGCAAGAAAGACUCCAAGUUGGACUACUCCAACAUUCCCACAGUGGUGUUCAGCCACCCGCCCAUCGGCACCGUGGGCCUCACAGAAGAGGAGGCCAUCGCAGCCAGAGGAAAGGAGAACGUGAAGGUCUACACGACCUCCUUCACGCCGCUCUACCACGCCAUCACCAGCCGCAAGAGUCCGUGCGUCAUGAAGCUGGUGUGUGCCGGCAAGGACGAAAAGGUGGUGGGUCUGCACAUGCAGGGUCUAGGAUGUGAUGAGAUGCUGCAGGGCUUCGCUGUGGCCGUCAAACUCGGUGCUACCAAAGCAGACUUUGACAAGACGGUGGCUAUCCACCCCACCUCCUCCGAGGAGCUUGUUACCAUGCGUUAAGAGGACACAAGCAGCCUUCAGGUCUCACGACACCAUCACCAAAGUAUGAAAAUGUGCUCCAAAAAAAACACUUUUUUUUCUAUUCCUUUCAAUUUUCUGACUUAUCUGACCCAAAUGGAACACCUCUGAAUUGCACAGUAGUAGGUCAUGAUGACUGAGUGAUUAUUAUUCUAUUUUAAUAAUAAGUGUGGAAUGGAAGUGAUGGAUCUCAAUGGCCAGUCCAAAGAACUCAAUCAUUUUAUAUUACGUUGUCAUUUGUUAGAGCACCCGCUGCACUGAGAAAUAAACAUGCCUUCUGUUUUCA